AUGGAAACGAACAACUUCAUUAAUACUGGGCGUAUGCCUUUUAAACUAGUCGAGAACGGGCAGAUAAUGAUUCCCAUCAGUCUGUUUUGUCACUUGGUGUGGAUGUUAUCUCUGGUUGCUAGGAACCACGCCCAGCUGCAGGAACCAGCCUACAAAGAACAUCUGAUGAAGGUCUGUCGAAAACAGAAAACAACAGAACAGCUUAUUUACAGCUUCAAGGUUUCAUCCGUGAACCAGUGUGCUGUCAGGUGUGCCAAUGAGAAGUCGUGCAAGUCCGCCAAUCUCUGUUCUAGCGGCGGUAGUAAGGUGUGCACGUUGUCAAGGAACUAUCCGUGGACAGGUUGUAACAAUAACACCGCCAGCGACAACUGCAAAUAUCUAUUUCCGGAGAUAUUCUGUAUGAAUGGCGGCACAGCCAACGUAACCGGUCAUUAUUGCAUGUGCCCAAAGAUGUACACAGGAGAGUUAUGUGAGAGGUUGUACUAUGACUGUGCCGAAUCUGGUGUAAGUGUUUAUGGCAAUACCUGGAUUCAGCGAGGUGGUCAUCCCCCAUUCACUGUGUUUUGCAUCAGUGGUAACAUUUUCUUCCUCAAAGUUUUACCAUCCCAUUUCGAAACCGCUAAUUUCCCGCUGGACAAAACCUUUGACGAAUACAAAGUUCAAUUCGAUUUGCCAGGCUAUACGAACGGAGGAUUAGAGAGCAUCCAUAUUGCGACGAGUCAAGGCUACUAUACUCUAAAAGUAGUUAUGAUCCGCAACACACCCGUUUCCAAGGUAACAUCCUACUACCACAACUUCACUCUGGCAUCAGCGAGCGAGAGAUAUCGUCUAGACUAUCUGUCUGUGACUGGAGGACAAGACGGGCUGGCUGCGAUGAAUGGACGACCUUUCAGUGCUGUCGGGAAUGAUCUGGAUGGGUGCGCACAGAGGCACAACGUGGCGUGGUGGUACACCGCUGACUGCACGGCACCUAUAUUCAUGAUCUAUAACGAUAAUGGAAAAGUCUCGUUCCCAAGUAAAAUGGACCCUAGAGUUAUUGUAGAUUAUGAUUCCACACGUAUGUAUCUCUCGUUUGAAGGUUUGAAGUAACUGUACGUUGUCUGUGGUUUCAAAAUUGUCUCAAAUAAAAAGAGGACGUAAAGGAACAUUCCCGAGCUUGCUGCUUUGUAAGAUGUUUUUGAUUAAUAAAAUAUUUCUACGAUUAAACUUACAUAUUAAAUAUAUUUUCGUGUUUAGAA